AUGUCUUCAUCACAGCAUUCUCACUCUCCUGACGAAGUAGAGAAGAUCAGCUCGCAGCACACGAAUAGGGAAGGUACCUUACACCAGUCUGAACUUGGGCCCAAGGCGCAUCGCAAGCAUUUCUUUUCUCCGCUUGAUCCUGCAUACGCCGAAGCCGUGAAUCUGGAUGCGGAAUCAGUUGAAUUCUCUGAAGAUGAAGAGCGUGCUGUCCGUAAAAUCAGAUUCGUGCACGAUUCCUGCGUCGUCAAGUUGCUCAUCUGA